AUGCGAUUCACAUCUUUACCCUCGGCCCUCCUGCUUGGACUCGCCUUGCACAUUGGAGUAGAAGGUGCAGGCUUGGAGGACAAGAAACCCAAGCCUGUAGACCCAUGUACUAUUUCAUCGACGACAGGAUCUUUCUUUGAUCUGAGACCAUUAUCGAUACAAGCUCCAGAAGAAGGGAAGAAACCUGCCAAAAAUGCGAAGACGGACAGUUGGCAUGCAAGAGGAUAUGAUUACAAGGGAAAUUUUACACUGAACGUGUGCGCGCCAGUGGUAGAAGAAGUGAAGGAUUUUGUUGGAGUAGACAAAAACUAUUGGAAGAACGUGAGCGCUUUUUAUGAAUAUGACGGAAAGAAGUAUUCCGUAGGACAACAAUCAGGAAACUUAACACUCCGCGGAAGAAAGCUUGUUGUAGAGUAUACUAAUGGAUCGCCAUGUGGAGGAAAGAACAAAAAAAGAAGCUGGGACGAUGACGAUGACGAUGACGACGACGACGAUGACGGUAAAUCCAUACGCCGUAAAUCUAGCAUAAUAUCUUUCCACUGCGAGAAAGAUCCACUCGCUACUGCAUCCGCCUCAUAUGUAGGAUCCGAUCCAGAAGAAUGCGCCUAUUUCUUCGAAGUGCGCUCACAAGCUGCUUGCGGAGGCUCCGAACCUGCCAAACAGACUGUAGGUCCGGGCGCUGUCUUCGCCAUCAUAGGAGUUAUUGCCAUAAUGGUAUAUUUCCUCGGUGGUGUUUUCUAUCAACGAAACGUCGCGCAUGCAAGAGGGUGGAGACAAUUGCCCAAUUAUAGCUUCUGGGCUAGCAUAGGAGAUUUCAUAAAGGUGAGCUGCAAAAAAUGUCUUAUGAGAUCAGCACCACAACUCUUUCCCCGUGUAGCGUCCGUUCGGGAUGGCUCGUCGAUAUUGCCGACGAUGGAGGUGAGGGGAAUGUCGAAUCGCAGGUCGCAGAAGUCGUAUAUACGUUCCGAGUAAUCCCAUACACGGAACACAAGUUCUCUCAUGUGGGAGGACGCAGUUUUUUAUAUAUAUUCAAAAUAAUUGAGCGAGCGAACAGCGACAUUCAGCAUAGCAUUUUUCUUUCGAUUUUCAGGCUGCAAUUAGGAUAGGCAUUCAGCAUUAUAGCAUACAAUACCCGGCGUUUCAAUCAAAGAUUAUCACAAUCUUACUUUUUCACUACUUAUCGCAAUGAAACCUCUCACAAGCGUGUCAAAUUCAAGCUGCAUCCAUAAUCAAAUAUUGCUAUUUGCAUAUUUCUCUUUGUCUGCGCAUACCGCUAUCCAUCUAUCUAUCCAUUUAUACAGAAGAAUAAAGUCUUGGCGAAAAGCAUAACUAACACUAAUCAGGACGUUUUCAUCAUCGCUACUUCAUCAUGCUCAAGAUGUCUACCAACCCAUAGGGGAUACAAUGCCUUGAGUAUCUCUGCAAAUGGAAAUUCUGGAGAUGGAAGUAAUGGUAGAGGGAGUGGGAGGGAUAGAGGCGUUAGUGCAAAUGAAAGUGGGAGGAGAAAUUCGGGGAGCGAGGAUGAAAAUCGUUUGAUUGAUCAAUUGGAUGAGGAGUGGGAUGAUUAG